GCGCGCGUGUGGACGUGCGGCAGCGUGCGGGCCCGAGUGCGCAUGCGCGGGCGCCGGGGCCGGCGUUGUGUAUAAGUGAGCGGUGCGCGCGGCCUGAGUGCGACUCGCUGCUGACUGCGCGCUGGUCUUCUGAGGCUCGUCUGAGUCGCCUCCUCGCGCUCCCGUCGGCCGACUUUCCUCCCGACUCCUGCACGACCUGCUGUUACAGCGAGCCGGCCGCUCCCGGCCCUUCCUCCUGCAGGACCCAGAAGUCUACCAGAAGCAGAAGGCAGCUCUACUGCUCUGCAAAGGAGUGGGAUCCCUUCAGCUAUGAAGCAUAUAUUUAACCUCUAUCUCUUAGGUGUGGCGCUGACCCUGCUUUCCAUCUUUGUUAGACUGAUGGAGUCACUGGGGGGCUUACUGGAGAACCCAUCGCCUGGGAGCUCCUGGACCACCAGAGGUCAACUAGCCAUCACAGUCCCCAAGAGCCUUCCAGAACAUCCAUCCAGAGGGGUGUGAUAAGACCUCCCUCCACCAGCUAUAACCUUGGAACACUUGACCUAAACCUGUCCAGCCUGGUGUCCCAGUUUCCUGGGGAGGCAAGCCCAGCAUCAGUGUUAGCAGAGAACUGUUACUAGGCCCUGGAAGGGCCCUUCCAUCUGGAUGCUUCUUGCCCCGGAAAAAGACUGCUUAAUAGGCAGGUGUGAGUGGGUUGCCUAUGGUUGUGGAAUGGAGUGAUUUCACUCUUCUCCCCAGAGUCUGCUGUGUGCUUUGUCCUUGGCAGCGUGGCUCUGACCUCUUAGAUGAGGGCUUGUGCUGUGAUUUCAGCUGUUGGGAGAUGACGGUGUUUUCAGCCCUACUUCCUAAACCUCUGUGAAGAGUUCCUUUGGACUUGGGUGUCUUAUGGUCAGUUUCUUUGUGUUCAGCUUCUCUUUCGUGUGAGCUCCUCUGUGUGUGGGUAACAGUUAAAGAGAUGUGACUUACAUUUUUAAGUCUUCCAACUUAGUGUGUAUGUGUUGGUCUGAAGGGGACAGUGGGAUAAAGCCCGCUUGGGACAUGGGCAUUAUAGCCACCAUGUGGCUUAAGUGAAUUUUUCUAAUGAAAUAAAAUUGAAUACAUAUUUCCA